CUGCACUGCUUAUCAGUUGACCUCAGUGUUGAAAGCCAAUCAGACAUCUCAGGCAAGCUUAGAGCACUAAACUGAUAACACGGCAAACUGACAUUCGCUGCUAAAUAACCCUGAGAUCCAGCAGCAUGCAUGCAUCACAAAAUCUCCUAUACCUGUUCUCAAAAUGUGGGGUAUUUUCACUUGCUUAAUUUUGUCUGCCAUGGAUGAUUGAAAUAUGCAGCAGUUCUCAAGCUGAAAUUACACAAUGAAGCUGAUGGUUAUAGACAUUUUACCUGCAUGUGACAUUCAUUGGAGUGCAAAGGUACUUGAAAAUACCUGGGUGGCAUAACUAUAUAGACUCAAUGGCCAGUUUAUUGGGCAUACUUGUUAAAGUGCUUUUUGAGGCAAAUAUGUAAUCAACCGAUCAGAUGGUAAUUAAUUAAUACAUUUAUUAGGCGUUUAAACAUGGCCAUUACCACCUCCUGCAAAUUCAUUAACAGAGCCUUAGACUGAGGUCAGGAGGAUCUGCUAGAGCUGAAAGGUGAUUUUAAGUGACUUUCACAUUGGCGAGGUGGUUGAUGUUGGUGUAUUUCAGAAAUUGCUGAUAUACUGGGAUUUCCUUCACAGGCAUCUUUGGAGUUUACAGACAGUGGUAUGAAAAAUUGAGAAAAUAUUGAGUGAGUGGCAGUGCGUGAAAAUGCCUUACUGAGAGGCUAGAGGUCAGAGGAGACCAGCAUUUUGAGCUGAUGGGAAGAUGACACUUACUCAAAUAGCCAAUUUGUUGCAACCAAUGUAAGCAGAAGAGCUUCUCUAAACACGCUUAACCUUGAAGCAGAAGACCACAGUCAGGUGACAGUUCAGAACGCAAAGGACUCCAGUCCUUUUAGUCCUUUACACUAACUACUUCCUAUAAGGACUGUAAAAAUAUAUGAAACGCGUAUAUAAAUAACAUCACAUGUUAAACAAAGAAUUUCCUCUUGUACUGACUUUAUUAGUCUUAAAUUCUUCCUUUUAUGCUUUUAAUGCUACUCUCUUUUGCUUUUUUGUUUUGUUUUUAACAAAGUAAGCAGCUACAUGAGCUAGCUUUAAAACCAACUCCUCUCUGACUGACUUUUCCAGAUUUUGUGGCACACAUUCUGUAACCAGGAAAAAGAAAGUACUUAUUAGCCUCGGGUAACGCAUUGCUUUUGCCUCACCUAGUUUCCUGUCUAUAUGUGUGUAGGAGCUGCCUGAGCUCCACCCAUGGUUAAUCUCAGAGCACGGAAGCAACAUGACAAAAUGUGAAGUAGUCUCCUUUUGCAAAACCUCUAAACGGCGGGCACAUCUCCUCUCCUCUCUGGGAGUAUCGCUGCUGUAUUUUCCUCAACUUUCAUCUGUCUUUACUGUCCUCACUGCUGAUAACAGAUUGCUAUGCUUCCUGGCUAGGUUGGCUUCUAUUAGUUUUUGCGUCUCAUGAUUAGAACCGUCAGAGUUAGGGGUGUACCUUUACUGCAGCUUCCCUCUCAGUACACUUCAGGGUGCUCCUUGUGUCCGUUAAUGUUUUUUGUUUUGUUUUGUCUCUCUGAUAUUGCAGUAUUUGGCAAAAAUGUAUAUCAUGCAUGAAAAUAAGAUUGAUCCCACACUUCAUGACUGGCUGUCAGCUCGCUUGCUCCUGAAUUGGUCAGUAAAUUAACACAUCUGCUCUGUUUAAGAUGGUAAAACACUCCACAUUCAUGACUUUGUCAGUAUUUGUCCCCUCCCUGUUUUCAUUUCAUGGCUAAAAGCCGAGUUCUCACCUUUUACAAGCAUUUGAUCUCAUUUCCAUUUUACAUACAGCUCUGUUUGCUCAUUUACUGCUUUCUUAUUCACCACAAAGGCUUGUAUGCUAUCUGAACAAGGCCUGGUGUAGACUCACACCUGAUUUUGGCGCGCGUUGCGGUUUAAUGUCGGUCAACUCGCCCUAAUAUAACCCCUCUAUUCCUGCGUCAGAGUGGGGCAGUGAGGCCCAGGGGAGAGAUGUGGGAUUGAUUUUUGGAGGAUCAAUUCAACCCUGGCACUAAACAACAGACUCUGGUGCUUUUGGGGUGGGUGUGUGUGUGUGUGUGUGUGUGUGUGUGUGUGUGUGUGUGUGUGUGUGUGUGUCCCGGGCAGGGGUGGGGGAGGGGGGUUCACUGUGGUUUGUGCCUUCCUGUUUUGCUAGCGUCUCCUGAGAGUGCCACUUUUUAUGUUUCUGAAACACCCAGAUCAUCUCUGAAAGUUUUUCAUCAGUGACAUCUGAUUGGUUGUGCUAAUUGGGGAAAGUUUUAGCUGCUGCUAGAUGUGUCUAGUUCAUCUCAAGGGUACUUGCUUAGGCCUAGUUUUCCAUAGGACUUCAUCUCUGGGUUGGAUAAAUAUACCAGCUAGUGUUUUAUGCCCCCUCCCCCUGAUGAUUAUGCCCCUGUUUAGAUCAAUAUUGUGUGUGUGUGUGUGUGUGUGUGUGUGUGUGUGUGAGAGAGAGAGAGAGAGAGACAUGAGAGGGAACAGCAGUGAGUACUUUGUGUACAGAAUAAAUAUUGAAACCAAGCAAGGGACCAAUUGAUCUGCUCGAGUCUAACGGGAGCAGCACUGUUCUCCAUACUAUGAGUGCACACUGGAGGUGGAUGCUACUUUUUGAACUUGGUCUCCAGCAGAGUGAAAGUCACAGGAAAGACUGAAGACUGCCGGCAGGGACUUUUGGCUGGGUUUUUGUGGAUGUGUGGGCCUGCUGACUUGACCAGAGUGCUGUCAGAGGGGGAGGAUAGGUCAUGAGUCAGUGGCUGUGAGGAAGAGGCCAAGAAGUAGUAUAGGGGAGACUUUGCAGGGCUAAUGUGUGACAGGAAGAGCUCCAGAAGGCAUGCAGGGAAGAGGGAGUCAUCCUCACGCUCAAGUGAAUCGGGGUCGCGCUCGGCAGAUGCUGCAGCACCAGAGGUACCCAUAGUCCUCCCAGAUGUGAAGGAGUUUCUUGCCAAAGCCAAAGAAGAUUUUCUGAAAAAAUGGGAGAAUCCAGCACAGCAAACUGCGGCGUUGGAUCACUUCGAGCGUUUGAAGACUUUAGGCACGGGCUCGUUUGGUCGAGUCAUGUUGGUGAAACACAAAGAGUCUGGUCAGCAUUACGCCAUGAAAAUACUUGACAAACAGAAGGUAGUGAAGCUGAAGCAGAUAGAGCACACACUGAAUGAGAAGCGUAUCCUCCAAGCCGUCAGCUUUCCAUUUCUGGUGCGACUGGAGCACUCUUUUAAGGACAACAGCAAUCUGUAUAUGAUAAUGGAGUACGUGCCUGGGGGUGAAAUGUUCUCACACUUAAGGAGGAUUGGUAGAUUCAGUGAACCGCACGCCCGCUUCUACGCAGCGCAGAUUGUACUGACCUUCGAAUACCUUCACUCGCUGGAUCUCAUCUACCGAGAUCUGAAGCCAGAGAACCUGCUCAUUGACCAGCAAGGUUACAUACAGGUAACAGAUUUUGGGUUUGCAAAAAGGGUGAAAGGCCGAACUUGGACGCUUUGCGGGACUCCCGAGUACUUGGCGCCAGAAAUCAUCCUCAGUAAAGGUUACAACAAAGCUGUGGACUGGUGGGCUUUGGGAGUACUGAUAUACGAGAUGGCUGCUGGUUACCCACCCUUCUUUGCAGACCAGCCUAUUCAGAUUUACGAAAAGAUUGUAUCAGGAAAGGUUCGCUUUCCUUCCCACUUCAGCUCAGACCUGAAAGAUCUGUUGAGAAAUUUGCUGCAAGUGGACCUGACCAAGCGCUUUGGCAACCUCAGGAAUGGAGUCAAUGAUAUCAAGGGCCACAAGUGGUUUGCCACCACCGACUGGAUUGCCAUCUACCAGAGGAAGGUGGAAGCUCCCUUUAUUCCUAAGUGCAAAGGCCCUGGUGAUACAAGCAACUUUGAUGACUACGACGAAGAAGAAAUCAGAGUCUCCUUCACAGAGAAGUGUGCAAAGGAGUUUGCUGAGUUCUAGAUACCAACCACGGUGGUGAUAUUAUGAGAGAGAGGCAGGGAUUUAGAAAGUUAAAGGGGGUCUGAGGACAGAAAGCACUAAAGUGGACUGAUAACUUGCUUAUAUGUGAUGAGGAAAACGAUGUAAAAUCCACCCCCCAAAUGGAAAGACGGAGGCAAAGUGAUAAAAGAUCCAACAGAACCAGCAGUGUUGCCUUUUUGAUUGUUUCUCAACUGUUACCUUUACACUUUAUUUAUCCCUCUUGUGUUUUGUGCCAGGGGCUUGACAAGAACAGGCAUAGGUUGUGGCUGUUCAGCUAGAUUUGUUUCUUUCUGAUGGUGUAAAUGACAUGUUUUCAGUCUCUGCAGGUUGAGGCAUUGAUUUUUCUGUUAAGGUACUGAAUCUGCUAAAGCUCCUUUUUUUUUUUUUUUUUUUUUUUUUUCUUCCCUCCUCCCCCUGAGCGGGCCCUCUCUUCAAGCUUCUCUAAGAGUGAUCGUUGUAUCUUGUCUCCUCCCCACCCCCGGUCUCCUCUCCACCUCUCCAUCCCGAAUCUGUCCAAGCAAUACCAAGUCCAACAGCAGUGCCUAUCAUAAUGCCAACUGGUUGGAAAACUGUGUCAAAAGCGUUGGUGCAGAGCUUUGGCUACGGUGGCGGUGGCCCUCGUUCCCGUUUUGGUUGAAAGCUUGAAAAACUCUCUGCACCUGCCUUUGUCUGCUCAAUGUGGCAUGAUUAUUGGGUAGUUGAUGCACUCUGCUGCUUGCCGCUGAAGCAGCGGCGACCUCUUUGAUCAGAGUGAAAAUGAUUUAUCACAGUAAACUUCACUGCGGUCCUGCUCGUUUAGGGACCCGCGGGAAGUAAACAUGAGGUCUGCAUUUAAGUCUGUCUUUCUCUUAGCUGAAUUUAUUAGAGCAUUUUAAAAGGAAAAAAAAUCCUAUCAGUGAUCAUUUUGUCCUUUUUAUGUCGAUCUCUGUGCUUGUGUGUUAUUUAGUGCUCACGGGUGGGUUUAAAAAGCUGUGAUUUAGCAGCAGCUAACAUUGUGGUCACACUCUUGACUAUUGUUUAUUUAAGUCAUAGUACAUUUAUACAUGUAUAUUGAUAUAUAUAAAUAUAAGAUAGAGAACAUGAAAUAUCCAUCUUUUUUCAACAUAUGUCUAUGUCUCAUAGCUGUGAAACUGACUUUAAGAUUUUAUAAAUAAACAGAUAUUAUAUAAAUUCUGCCAAAUUUGCAAACUGAGAAAAAUGCAGUUUCCUGUAUGUGACUGAUGGUGGUGGAUUUUAAUACGCAAAACAGUAGCAAAAGGUUUCAACAACAUGUGCAUGUUAUUUUUGUACAAUAUCACUUUUAAAGAAAGACGGCAGAGCUUUGUGCUUUGCUCGUGCCGAGGUACCUGAGAUCACGAAUAAUGUUUAACAUUAAAAAGGACAGUCAGUGCUCUAUUGGAAGAUGGAUUGGGAACAAGACCCAGUUAAAUGCGUCAAAGUUCUUCUGGGUUUGAGUCAUUAUUCAGUUGUAGGGCAGCAGAUUGCAGAUAAUUGUCACCGGGGUUGUGCUUCUCCUCUUCCCUGACCUUUUUGCCCCACCCCUCCCCUUUUUGUAAUUCUCCCUACAUGCAACACCUUCAUAGAUUUACAGUCCAACCAAUUUUCUUUUUCUUUUUUGAACUGUUGGGUUUGGGAGUGUUUUGUUUCUUUUAUUUUUCCAGCUUUCUCUGUAACAAAUUAAAACCAAGGAAGCAAACCUAAAGCUUUUUUUUUUUUUUUUUUUUUUUUUCAGCCAAGUUUCUUUACAUGGAUGCAAGACAAUCGCAGACCAAAUCUUAUUGCUGGUUUGUUGAGUGAACACAAUGUUUUGGUUCAUUGAAGGACUUAACGCUGUCGCCCACCUGCCAUCCAUACAUAGGCCUUAGGUGCUAGACCUUGUCCAUCUCACUGAAAAGUUUCUGUGAACUGUUUGAUGUGCAUCGAGCUCUUUGUCAUACAGUCGUGUAACAUGACAUGUUUAGAAUGUUUUGGGGGGUUUUGGCUCCAGUUGAUUUCAGUUGGCUUGAGUGAUCAUUUUUGGCAGUGUCUUAAUACGAUUGAGAUCAAUCGCAGGAUGAUUUUUUUUUUCUUUCUUUUUUUUCCCCUUUUUUUGAGAAUGUCUUGAAAUGGAGAAGUUUCAGUGCUGUUUGGAAACCUGAUGUGUGUGGGGUUUUUCUUUUUCUUUUUCUUUUUUUUAAAAAAUACAUUUAGUUGGCAGGUUUGGUUUUUCUUGCACGUGGUAAAGCAGCCCAAUGAGAAGACUUCCCUCUGGGCCUUAGACAUGUUUGAAAAAGCACUGUUUCCACAGCUAACGGUCUGGUUGCUGGUUAACCUUUUUUCGGGGGAAUUGUUUGAGCAUCACACUAAACAGUAAAGUUGCUCACUAACCAAGCUGUCCAGCCUUUUGAACACAGUGAAGCACAGGCCACACAGUUCAUUUGUGCUAAAUAUUUGAGUCCUUUAAUACACACUGUAAUGUUUUGAAGAGGGCACAUGUAAUGCCUUUCUACCCAGCGAUGACUAAACCGUCGACAGGUAGAAGGCAACGCCACUUGAUCCACUUCAGACACCGAAGCAUCACACUUUGUUUUUUCUUUACAAUACAAGACGUAUUGUCACUUUUCUAUCAGCUAUCAACUGCUCUGUGCUACUUAAGGUUUUUUUUUCUCCCGUCUGCCUUCUCUUUUCAUCAAGUUUCCACACACACUUCUUUCAAACAUAACACUUUUUACAUCUGAGAUGUUUUGCGUUCAUAUUUUCUAAUUGUAUUUUCAGAAAAAGAGAGGAAAAAAAAAAGCAAAAACAACAUUAAUCUUUCUCCUCAUGACCUGGGUACAGUGAUUGUGUAGUCUAUUGUACCUUUUGGGAAACAAUACUGUAUAUCCUUGCCUUCGACAGUCUUAACUAUCUUACCCUCUUCUGGAGAACUUGACAGAUACCCUUAGAACACAAUGAGUAUGUUAAAAAUAUAUAUACAUAAAGUAAUAUUUUGCAAAAUGUAUCAUUCCAAUAAAGUUUUACUUGUUAAGACUAA